AGAUGAAGCUAGUCUCUGAGCAGCGGGGUGAGGAUCCAGACCUCCGGCUCCUUAUGGCUGUAUAUGAUGAGAACAUCCUGAAGAAUCAUUUCUACGUGGCGCUGGAGAAGCAGAGACCGGACCUCUGCAGCCGAGUGGCAGAGCUCCACGGCAUCGUUCUGGUGCCCUGUUGCGGGAGUUUGGCCGUCAGCAGCUUCUCAGACUCUCAGUUCGACAGCUAUGUCCUGCAGCCUGCGGAGGACGGGUACCACACCGCGGACGGAAAGGAGGUCCGGAUCCAGGACAGGCAGGUCCUGCUGGGGUCCGGCUUCCCGGCCCCGGCCUCGGUCCCCAUCCUGUUUGAGGAAACCUUCUACAAUGACCAGGAGCAGAGCUACAGCAUCCUGUGCAUCUCCAGGCCGGUGGAGAUGGAGCCCAGCCCGGCGGAGGUCUGCCCGCCCCCCCCCUACUGCCUGAAGAGUGUGGAGGACGUCCGGGACUUCCUGGGCCGCCACGCCCAGAAACUGGACCGGUUCAUCCACGGCUUCUGUCAGACCUUCAAAGAGACCGAGAGGAAGGGACUCCGACACCACAUAGACUCGGUGAACGGUCUUUACACUAAAUGUCUCCAGUGUCUUCUGAGAGACUCUCGUCUGAAACUCCUGGCCAAGCAGGAGCUUCAGAUGACUCUUCUCAAGCAGGCGGUCGAGGUGUACGUUCAUCAUGGUAUCCAUGACUUAAUUUUUAACUUUGUGGGAACGCUUGAAGCCAGCCAGGACGCCGCCUUCAACAAAACCAGCAGGAGUCUGCAGGAGCUGCAGCAGAAGGAGCUGGGGGUCAAACCGGAGUUCAGCAUCAACUUGUCUCGGGCGAAGAGAGAGCUGAGUCAGCUCAACCAGCAGACCUCCCCCCUCCUCAAACUGCUCUGCCUGCGCCGGGUCGCCCUGACCGCGACCCAGACCCCCAGAGGCACCGUCUGUAUAGAGGCUGUGUGUGCGGACGACCUGCUCUCCGUCAUCCUCUACCUGCUGGUGAAGACAGAAAUCCCCAACUGGAUGGCCAACCUGAGCUACAUCAGGAACUUCUGCUUCAGCCACUCCAGUAAAGACGAGCUCAGCUACUGUCUGAGCACCUUCGAGGCCGCGGUGGAGUACAUCAACCUGGGGAAGCUGCAGGACACACACACCGGCUCGGGGGAGCUGAACGACAAGGCGUUGUUCAAAGAGAGGAUGAGUCUGCUGACUCAGAGCACUGCCACGCCCAUCCACUGUCUGUUUGAGCACAUAGCCAAUGGUAACGAAGCCGAGGUGCAACGUCCUGCUGAGUGAGGGAGGAGAGCAAACGAGGACGGGAUGUGUCAUCCCCUCUGCUCCUGUGACGUCUGUGACCUGCAGCUGUCUGGGCGGCUGAACGACCCGUCCAUCGUCACGCCGUUCUCCAGAGACGACCGAGGUUACACUCCACUGCACGUCGCUGCCAUCUGCGGUCAGGCCAAGCUGAUCGACCUGCUGGUGUGUAAAGGAGCGCCGGUCAAUGCCACCGACUACCACGCCCUCACACCGCUGCACCUGGCCUGCCAGAAGGGAUUCCAGGGAGUCACGCUGCUGCUGCUGCACUACAAGGCCAACACGGACGCCCAGGACAACAACAGCAACACCCCGCUGCACCUCGCCUGCAUGUACGGACACGAGGACUGUGUGAAGGCGUUGGUGUACUACGACCUCCAAACGUGCCGCCUGGACCUGCACAAUGACAAGGGCGACACGGCGCUGCACAUGGCGGCGCGCUGGGGCUACGAGGGAAUCAUCCAGGUGCUGCUGGAGAACGGAGCGAGCACCGACAUCCUCAACAAGAGCAAAGACUCUCCGCUGCAGUGUGCGCUCAACUCAAAGAUCCUGGCGUUGCUGCAGUCGACCCAGAGCGGCCGUCAGCGCAGCGGAGUCCACUCUCCCGGUCGCUCCCCUCGGACGUCGGACUGCAGCAGCCGCCGCUCCUCCGUCUCCAGCACCUCCUCCCUGGGCUCCGAGGCCAAACCAGAGGGAGAACGGGUACGACACAGAGAGGUGGAGAAGCUUCUGCGGGCGGUGGCAGACGGUGAUGUGGAGAUGGUGCGUUACCUGUUGGAGUGGCUGGAUGAGGACGAGGAGGACGAAGCGGAGCAGCUGUCCGAGGCCGUGCUCUGCCACCCGCUGUGCCAGUGUCCCAACUGCGCUCCCACUCAGAAGCUGUCCGUCCUGCAGGCCGGAGCGCUCGGGGUCAACAGCUGCAACGUGGACGGUUUCACGCCGCUCCACGUCGCCGCCCUGCACGGCCACCCCGCGCUCGCCGCCCUGUUCGUCCGCCACGGGGCCAACGUCAACGCCCGCAACAACCAGAGCGCCACGCCGCUGCACCUGGCCUGCCAGAACAGCCAUGUCCAGGUGAUGAGGUUUCUGCUUGAGUGCAACGCCAAACUGAACAAGAAGGAUCACUAUGGCAACACACCUCUGAUACAGGCCUGUCUCUGUGGCAACCUGGAGACAGCCACCACCCUGCUCCAGAGUAAUGCGUUGGUGAACGUGGCGAACCUUCAGGGGAACACGGCGCUCCAUGAGGCGGUGCGGGGGGGACACCAGGCGCUGGUGGAGCUGCUGCUGAGGGGCGGAGCCUCCCCCGGCCUCAGGAACAAGAGGCAGAGGACGCCGCUGGACUGCGCCUACGAGCUGGGCGGAAAGAACACGGAGAUCCUGAGGGCUCUGCAGACAGCGUCCGGACUUUCUCCCGAUGCUGAACCAAUCAAACUCCUCUCUGUGCCCAAAGGAGCUCUGGCUCAUUCGUUCGUCCAGCGUCUGCGGCUGCAGGAUCACGCCAACGGCCGGAGACAGAAGCUGGCCCAGUCCAUCAGCAGGAUGCAGCAGAUGAAGAAAGGUUCCUCUGGUCCUCCCUCCAGGUGUUCAACAAACAGGAACCAGGGGAACCCGGACGGGCGGAGGUUGAGGCGAGGGGAGACGGUGGAGGUCAGCUGCCCCUCGGCGAGCCUCGGCGCCCUGCCCCGGCUGCGAGAGCGGCCGCUGGGUCGCUGUCACACCCUGGACUCGGGGGAACAAACGCCGGAGCCCACACACACUCCACACACUCCAGACCCGACUGAAAACACUCCGCUAGAGAGGGAUCAGACAGCAGACGCCCACACCGACAGAGACCCUGCACAGCCUGAGGCCAAGGAAACCCACUCCACCGGCGGUGAGAGCUCGCCCCCCUCGCCCUCGCCCUCUGAUGACCCGUUUGAACCCCGUCCCACGCACACCCCACCCGCUCCCUGUGCUCCACACGGCGUCGCCGAGCCGUCCGACCCCACCGACAAGAGUCUCCGCUCUGUGAACGGAGGGUUGGAGUCAUCGGACGCUCACGCCAACGACGAGGUUUUGCGGUCUGAGGACACGGACGGAGACUCGGGUCUCCCCUGCCCCACGAUCCAGUCAGACGGCGGCGAUCAGAGAGACGGAGACCGCACACCGGAAAGGGGCGGAGAGUCAAAUCACGAAGGUUGCAACUGAAAUGAAUGGAGACGCCGUGAGGAUUCGUACAUGGAGAUUAGAAAGGAGCACAACGCUGACUUGCUUUGCCACGAAGUAACACAAACAGCCCAAAAACAACUAAAAAGAAGCGAUGAAAAGCACACAACGUGAGAUCAGAUGUGGCGUCGACUCCACGCAGUGGACUGUCGCUGCGUCUGUAGUCGUGGAAACUACACAGUGAAGUCACGUUUCUGUGGCUCGCUUUCAGUUCAACGGUUUUUCAUUUUACAGAAACAAUGCCGGCGUGGAGAAGUGGAAGCGGUCAAAAGAUCGGUUAACCCUCCUCUUCCUCUCACCUGGGUUUAAAGCACUUUCUUCUUCUAGCCUUCACAGGAAGAAAAAGGGAUACAAACUGUUAUUUUUAAUUUGUGCGAAUGUCGUUGAUUUAGUUUUGAUUCAAGCCACCAGACUGUAGCUCUGAUCUGCACCAGACUUCAUUUGAAGAACACGUUGUUUUACUUGAAUACUAGCUCGUUUCUUUUGGGUUUUUUUAGGGGUUGGUUUGCUUGUUUCCCCUGUUUAACAUUGUUAAACACUCCUUAUAUAUUUCUUUUUUAUUAGGAUUAUUUUAUUUGAUCUAUGACUCUUUCUGAUGGUUGUGUGUUAAGAGAAGUUCAGCUUCUCCUGAAUGUGAAGUUGUGGUUUUUCUGCACAAGUUAAAGGAUCACACAGCUGUGUUUUUU